CUGCAACUAAUUUUGUAACCAUUUUUCCUGCGAUUUUAUUAGGGUUUUCCGAUUCAAGAAAAAACAAAAACAGAAAGGAACCCCCCAAUUCCGAUAAUUUCAAUUUGAAAAAAUUACUUUCUCCGGCGAUUCCUAGGGUUUGUAUUUCAUGUCCUGCGAAGCUUUAAUGUCGUAUGAAUGGAGAUUGCCUCUAGCCUCUCCAGCGCUUUCCAGUCCCAGCAACCUUUGAUCAUUGCCUCCAUCAUUACUCUCCUUUCCCUCCUCCUUACUCUCCGAUCAUUCAUCAAGAAGCCCCCCUCCUCCGCUUCCUCUGCCUCACUCGAUAAGGAAGAACCCAUACCCACCCCCUCCUCCUGCAACGGAACUGCCGAUUCUCUGGACCUCUACGCCGGCGCUUCUGCUCAGGAGGUGAUGGCGGCGGCGGUGGUGGCGGUGGACAUUAUGCCGGCUCCGGUUGUUGAAAGACAGACUGGCGCCUCAAUGAUGGAGCAGUUGGUGCCCGAAAUUACCACUCACGCUCUCAGUUACUUGGAUUAUCCCAGCCUCUGCCGCCUUUCUAUGACCAAUUCGCUUAUGAGAAAGGCUGCUAAUGAUGACAAUGCCUGGAAAGCGCUAUAUCACAAGGCAUUGCUUCAUAACUUGGCUGGCAAUUCUAGAUAGGCUAGCUAUCUACUAAAUUCAAUGUAGCAAAGUGGUCUUCUGCAAUUAUGCAUCUUAUGCAAUGCAGCAAGUGAAUUAAGAGAUCACUUGCUCUUUGCAUUGUCCCUAUUCUAGUGCUACAAAUCCCUGUUAUUCUUUGUUGGUCUGCUUUGCUAUCAUGGUUUUGUUACAAAGUAAAACGUAGAGCCCUUUACAGUCAUUUGAUUGAACUAGUAUGGGGUGUUUCAGUUUAUCAUAUAUGGUUGGAAAGAAACAGCUCCAACCAACAGCAGCAUCCACCAAUGAGUCUACAGAUUAGAAUCUGCAAUCACUGAUGCUAUUAAAGUCGAUGUCAGGGACGGGGCUCUUGGUUUUGCAAAAUGAGGGCCUCCCUUAUGUCAAGUGAUGUAGCUUCUCACUUCAGGCUGCAGCUUCUAUGUAGUUUGAAUGGAUAAUGAUUUUCUGAAAUAGGUAUAUUUGUUUUACUGUCCUAUGGAUACUAGCAGUCCAGUGUAAGUGCUGCUUUGAAAAUAUUGAUUCUUUGUGUAAUAAAUUCACAUUUUACCUAAAAACAAUGGACCUUUGGCCUUGCCAUGUUAAGUUAAUUGCACAUUGCUUUCUGGAUUCUUGGUUUGUAUGCAUAAUUUCCUUCUUACAUUUAUUUUGUUAGGAUUUUACUUUGGAGCAAGAUAGUGUCACACCAGUAAAUGGUUGGAAGGCUUACUAUGCAGCUACAAGAGCUAUUAUGAAUGUUAAUGAAGAAUUCUUUAACAUCAUCAGAGAAAGGUCUCUUGCAGCCAUGAGUCAUUUUUGGCUUAAUGCAGAUUAUGUAAAGUGCAUUCUUGCCUCAGGAGAACAUUUUUCAGGGUAUAGUGGCUUCCAUUCAAUAUUUUAAUAAGUGAUUAGUAUUUGG